AUGAGGAAGCUAUGGAAGAAGACAGGCAUCACAGCUCCAGUCUUCCUGAAUAUGGUCAAAUAUGCUCUUGGCCCAACCAUUGCAGUAGCCAUCUUUCAGGACAAUAGAGUCUCACUGCAUUAUGGCACUACUGGAUACAUCAUCGCUGUAGCAGUGAUUCUCUCCAAUGUUCUGGCACCGCGGGCAAGUUUCCUAGAGAGCAUGCUUGUGAAUGUUCUAUCUGUAUGUCUGACCGCAUCAUGUACGACUUUAGGCGUCUGGAGUGCUUUCAAGGCUCGGGAGCACACAACACCUCCUGGAGAGCCUCUGACUGGGUAUAACUCGUCAGCUUCUGCGGUCUGUGCAGUUUGGCUGUUCUUCCAAGUCUACAUCAUUAAUUCACUCAAAUCGGCUAGACCACAGUAUAAGUUUGCAGGAGUCAUGGCGACGAUAUUUGCAGUCGUCGGUAUGAUAUAUGGUGCCCGGUUUUCGUCUUUGGAUAACGGCACCAGCUCUGCCUUCGGUUUCGUGGAACGAUUUCUGGAAACGCUUUUGACUGGUAUGGCGAUCGGAACUGCGACAUCACUCUUGGUCAAUCCUACGAAUUGUCGUACGCCUGUAUUGAAUGGUUUGAGAGCUUAUUUUCAUGGUAUUGAAAAGGUUGUUACAGCACAAAGAGAAUACUUUCAAAGCCUCGAAGAGAAGAGUCCAUUUGUCGAUACCGUGGAGGCCGAGACGCUUCGUAAAGAGACGCGAGCUCUACGCACUAUCAAUACAAAGCUACAGGUAGAUAUCCGUUCCGGCACUUUGCGCAAGACGAUCGAAUAUGUCCACGACAGAUGUGACACCAACGAGGGGGAUGAUAACCUCCCGGCCCAUCCCGUAUGCGAUCUCCUUCUUCGCGGAUGGCAUAAUGCAAGCUCAGAUGCGGACCACAAUAUAUUUCCAGAUGCACCUCAUCUUGAUCGAGAAAGAGUUGAAGAGGAGUACCGCUUCAUUAUGCAGAGUAUACGGGACCCUGUACAGAAUAUCUCUUCUAUCAUGAUCGAGGCAGUACAACAUAUCCUCAUUCGUCUCGAAUUAAACAAGCAUCAUUUCAAUAGAAGGUCAAGGCUUGGUGAUGCAGAACGGGCAGAGGAUAACUCUUCGCCAGGUCAUGAUGGCUUCGCUGCCCAUUUCGAGGAGCGUGUCAGCCUGUUCCGUGCCACUCGUCGUCAAUGUCUUCAUCAGUUCUGCGAAAUGCACGAAAUUCCGAUACCAGCAGAUUCCUUCGAAACAGAAUGGGAAUGGCCUAUGCAUGACCUUGAUGCUGCUACUGUUCAUCGUCAACGCCAGCUUUUCGUGCUGUUACAUAUCGAACAUCUUUUCUGGUCAUCAAGCAACGCUUUUGUAGCACUUGUCCGGCAUUGUGACGGAAAGAGGCUGCAGAAACAUAUAAUAUACCCUAGUUGGAAGCGGGUACGAAAGUGGUUAUUCUCUGUUGGUAGAUUCGCCGAUCCUACCAACGACGACGAUGGCUUGGCCGAUGUGAGCGAUGUCUUGUAUGGCGAGGCUUUCAAUCCACGGAAAGAUCCAGAGCGUCUUCCGGCCAAAACAUCGUGGCAGCGGUUUGGAGCAUCGUUUCGACGAGUGCCAACACUGUUACGCAGCGAACACUCCGUUUUCGGCUUUCGAAUCGCAUGCGCUAUCAUGUCUAUAGGAAUUGCCGCUUUUCUUGAAGAAACACAGAACUUUUUCGUGCGACAGCGGCUGUUCUGGGCAGCAAUCAUAUGCACUGUCUCUAUGACGCGCACCGCCGGUCUCGCCACAUGGAUAUACUUUCUCAGAUUCUCCGGAACAUUACUGGCUGCGGUCGCGUCGUAUAUCGUAUAUUACAUCGUGGCAGGCGAAAGUGCUGGUACUCUCGUCUUCCUAUUCAUUGCUAUGCUUGGUUUUGGCUGGAUAGUCGUUGUCAAAUCGAAGUACUUACUUGUUGGUUUGAUCGCAGCGGUGACCACGGUCAUCUGUGUAGGUUACGAGCUGCAAGUAAUCGAGCUUGGUCUCGAGGUAGCUACGUCAAAUGGCCAGGAUUACCACCCCCUAUAUUUACUGGUUCCAAUCCGACUUGCCACAGUCUCUGCAGGAUUGUUGGUAGCAUACAUCUUCACCAUCUUUCCUUUCCCAGUGACGGAAAGAUCGGAGCUUCGCAAGGACGUUGGUACUACAUUGCUGUUUGCCGCUCACCACUACGCAAUCAUUCAGGAGACUAUCAACGCUCGCGCUCGCGGCGAUGACGGUGACAUGGGUUCCAAAGCCAGUCCAGGUCGAAGACUUCAAAAAGAACGUAUGCGCAUACUCGCGAAAAUUCUGGUCCUCAUCGAGCGCAUGCGCGGAGAGAGUGAAAUGACUCGGUGGCAACUUCCUAUAGACGGAUACUUUCCCAAAGAGACUUACGACAAGAUCAUCGCCACAAUUGAUCGUAUCGUUAUGUAUUCGGCAUUGAUGGGACACGCCUCAGGCUCAUUUUCACUCACUCAUCCGAACAGUGCUACGCAUACGAAGUGGUUCGAUAGCUUUAGACAUCUCCUCGCGGAUCCCCAUCUCCAGAUUCCUUCGCAUAGCGUGACAUCUACGUUGUAUCUGCUAUCGUCGAGUAUGAUAAACGCGCAACCUCUACCGCCUCACCCACCUUUACCAAAAGAGUACGAUCUCUUGAGACAUCUACAAGAGCUGGAUCCGCAUAUCAUGGCCGUAAGGCAUGUUGCUGAGCCGGGGUAUUCUGGGUUUGCAGUUAUGCAGAUCGCGAGUCGAAGUAUCAUUGCUGACCUACAUACUCUGACCAAUCUCGUGCGUGGACUGGUGGGGGAGCUUGAUUUCUCUUAUCGGUACAAAUCGAAAGGCAGCAAAGUUGCUUGA